AUGGACAGGCCAGAAUGGCAAGUCAAUGUCAAUGAGGAAAUCGCAAGCCCCGUUUACAGAAUCAGGCUUCCCAUCGUGGCAUUACUAGAGAUGGAACAAAAAGUCAAACAGGCCAUCCAGCCCCUCACACGCUCUUGGGUACGUUAUGAAAUCGAACCCCCGGCCAACAUUACUCGCCAUUUGUUGCUCACACUUGAUCGUGAGGAAAUGAACUUCCUACCUCUCUGGGCGGGCGGCCUCAACGAUGGCACGGGCGCUGUGUUCGAAUCACACAUCCCUUCUACCGACAUGGGACCAAAUGGCCCCGGGCCUGCUUACCACGCGGGACAUACUAUCCCUUCUGCGCCGCCUAGCAUUAGCGACUCCCUGGUGGACGAUAUUUUCGCCAUGAAAGUAACUAGUACCCCUACCAGUGGCACCAUUGAUUCACAUGACGACAUGUCCAUCGUGUACAGAGACGACAAGGCCAUUGUAGAUGAUGUGUCCAUCAAGACGGAAUCCUUUCAAACAGCUGAAAGCGACUACGACGGAGCGAGAUUUGCUGUGCCAGCAGGUCACCAAGAAAUAGCUGAAACAGUUAAUUCGCUUGUUGAAGCGGUAGAUGAUUUUGAAGCGGAUACGCAAGAGACACCAGUUGCAUCAGACUAUGAGAGUGAUAGCGACGGCAGUGUUGUACUGGUGAAGAGGGCAUGUGGGGAGUAG